GUUUGGCAAACGUCAAAAUCACGUGUUAUUUGUUUAUACUCCAGCAGUGAAAAAUGUCUCUGAAUUAUUUGCAAAUUUUGGGUGAAUAUUCCGCAUUAUCCCUCAAAACUGACAAACCACAAGGAGAAAAUCUCAUUGAGGAAAAAGUGAAUCUCCUUGAAAAAUUCCUCGAUAAGAAUUUUGCAGAAAAUGUUACGAAAAAGCAAAAAUUGUCCCUCUAUCUAUGCGAUGUGCUCAAAAACAUAAAAGAGUCGUACAGAAAGGAAAGAUUGAUGUUCUCCAAGGAGCAGAAUGAUUGGAUUUACCUCGCUUUGGUGGAGAUUGUUCUCAAUGGGCUAGCUGAGAGCCUUCCGGAAGCCGUAAGUCCUCGCAAUUUACUUCAGAACCAAAAAGGAAAUGCCCCCGUAACACCUCAAGUUUGCACCCAAUCUCCAAUAAAUUUUAUCAAAGAAUGCUCCUCGGUGAUUGAGGAAGUGCUCAGACUUGAAGAUUUUGCAACAGAUCAGAGCCUAGAUGUUGUCUAUCUCCAUCAAAUUGCUGCCCUUGUAUACCUCAAAGCCAUUCCCGGUGCGAAUAUCCCAGAAAUAAACUUACUCACAUCCCCGGAAGGCGUCCUGAAGCAGGAGAAAUUGAUAAAAUACCUGCUUUUGAUGAAAUCCUUCCCGCAGCUUCCAAAAGACAUUUCUCUCAUCUUACACGGAGAACUCAUGCGACAGCUUCGUCUUCCGGGUGGUUUUCGCUCAUUGGCUGUCAAUUUAGUCCUCUCAGGUGAUGCAAACACACCUCAGUGGAAGAAAUGUGAAACCCUGGCAAGGAUUAUCGCUUCCCCGGGGCAUGGAUCUGCAUUCUAUUUGAGUAUUGUCGAUGAAAUUGCCUCCACUGCAAGGGAAGGUCUGGAAAGGGGCGAAGAUCACCUCGUUGAAGCUUCUAUAGCAUCCCUCAAUGCUCUCCAUGGGGUCAAAGUGAAUGGUUUGAGGGUGAAAGUUGAGAAUGUCUUUGUGGGAGCUUUCCGGAAGCUAGCGGAACCCGAAGAAACCCUCACAGGAGUCAUUCUGCUGGACAAUAAAGCCCUCAUGAGUAUUUUGAGGCUCAAUUCGCGUGCUUUCAGGGGCUCUGUGAGUGGAGCUAAAAGUAAAAUCCUCCUUGGGAUCCUCCCGGUGCUUUUUGACCUCUCUGGGAAAUUCCCAAAAGCCUGUGAAGCUCAAGAAAUUCUCCAGGAUCUCUUUGUAAAGUGUCUGAGCAAUAGAAAUGAGGAAGAAUUGGAAAAACUCACGGAGAUUUUCUUAUUUGAUGAGAAUCAUCCCAAUCUCUUGAGGCUGCACCGCAGGAUAGUGGUCAGGGAGGGGAGAAAAGAUGAAUUUUCUGUCCAAAUGGGUCCUGAGGAGGACACAAAAUUUGAUUCAGCUGGGAAUUUAGUGAGAAUCCUCAAGAAAUCCAAUCAUAAUCUCCUCACGUACGGGAUAUUCAAGAAAAUCCUCAAACUCUUCGGGGAAGUUGUGCAGGAGAAGCAGAAGAAGCUGAAAUUGGAACUUGUAGAGGCUGAGGAUGCACAGCAAAUUAUUGAAGAGACAUUCAAGAGGAAAACAAUCCUAAUUCUUGCCCUUAGUGAGCUGAUUAGCUUCCAGGAGAUUCAUUUUCUCCUCCGAGAGAAUCCACAGGAUAUUGUUCCUUUUAUCCUGGAAGCUCUCCGGAGGGAAGCCGACAAGGAGACAAAUGAGGAGAUUGAUACAGAAGCUGUGGUUAUUUUAAUGUCAAUCUUCCGGGAAUUUGUUGUUUCUGCUCAAGCUGAAAGCUUCCGGAAGGAGCUUUGGGCCCUACUGAAUGUGAUUCGGAAGAGAACUUCUGGGGAUCUUGGGCAGUAUAUUGAUCUCUUCAGCAGGGAAAUUAAUGAGGAAUCCCGGAGUUUUGCGGUGAAGUCUAAAUUUCAGGAAGUUCGACUUUUGUGUGAUGAAAACAUGCCCCAUAUCCGGGUUUAUGGGAUGACGGAAAUGAUUAAAUUGAUUGAGAUGAAAGACGUUGAAACUCUAGCCAAUCUCCACUCAACCUUUCACAUUGCCCUGCAGUAUCUCACUGAUGAGGAUUCCUACUCCUUCCUCACAUGCAUUCGGCUUCUUGUACUCCUAACAAUGCACCUGGAUGAGGGAGCUGUGGACACACUCAUCCACGAGUAUGAGAAUGCAGAGAAGGAGAUUGAUUUCCGUCUCAAAGUUGGUGAAGCCAUCGUGAAGAUCACAGAAGGUCUCGGCCCAGUUGCCGUUAAAUUCAAAGAAAUCCUCAUAAAUUGCUUCCUGAGAGGUGCCAGGAAUCCCCAUGAGGACUUCCGGACGUCAGCUUUGUACAAUCUCGGUGGCAUUUGUCGCAUUCUCACCUACCAGGUGCAUCAUUUCUUCCACGAAAUGAUCACAACAAUCACAGGGAUCCUCCAAACAGACACCUACGCCCCUUGCCGAAGAGCAGCCAUUCUCAUCCUCACCCAACUCCUGCAGGGAAUUGAGAAUCUAGUAGACUCCCAGGAAUUCCUCCUCCCAACUUAUCGACUCCUCAAGCACAUCCGGGAAACAGAGAAGGACGAUCAGUGCAGAGUUCAUGCGGAGAAUGGUCUCAAAGUCAUCAAUGAGAAAGUCAAGAAGAGUCUCAAUCCGGAGGAACCACUGCAGAAGGAAAUCAAGAUCUUCGGGGUGAAAGAUGAGGGAAAAUCAAAAGCUUCAAUAUUCGAAAUUUAAUGUACUUUUUGGAAUAAAAAUUAAUUCCUUUUAAUUAAAAA